AUGUCAAGGGUGGUCCAAAACGAUCUGGAUGUCUCGCGAACAUUGCAUGAAUGGAGAUACUCGCAAGAAGUCUUCGAUCAAGCAAGAGAAAAUCCAUCCAUCUUGCAAGAUUUCAUCCGACGUCACAAAGAACUUAGGGAUGGACCGGCAUCGAAUCCAGAUUCGUCGAUCCGUUUCGUUUCGAAUGAGAAGAAACCGGAUUCGAGCGAGGGCUUUUACGGAUCGGAACAGAUUCAGAUUGAGCUUGAGCAAUCCGGAUUCAAAAUGGAUUGGAAGGUGCCAUUCCAGAUUGAUCCGUUUGAUACGUUUUAUUUCUAUUGCAAUUCUCAUGGUUAGCUUUGUAAUUGGUAGAUUGUUAAGGAAUGCGAAAGAAAGUGCGAAGCUGAAGGGAUGAAUAGGGGGAACAGAAUUUAUGCAUUUUUAUAUACUACAUAUAAUAAAAGGUUUAAAGGUAGUCGUUUAUAAUCAAA